CCGCUGGUCCCCCCCGUGUGAAAUCUCCGUCUCGCACGCUCAAAAAACGAAGCGAUUUUAAGCACUUCUCUUCCUCCCCCCCCAAAAAAAAGAAAAGGAAAAGCCAUUAAAGCAGUAUGAUGAUUCAAUAUAUGGAGUUGGUGUCAACACAGGGUUUGUGCCGAGAGGACUCGUACCAGAGAUGGAUGCGGCCCCUGUGUGGUGGGGUUACAGGAUUCUUUACCUUUGGCCUGACACACCAGCGUUGGUUCUGGGAGGUGAUAAGUGAUGAACAUGGCAUUGACAUCGCUGGAAACUACCAUGGGGAUGCGUCACUGCAGCUUGAGCGAAUUAACGUGUACUUCAAUGAGGCUUACUCCCAUAAAUACGUGCCCCGUUCUAUCUUGGUGGAUCUGGAACCUGGUACAAUGGACAGCGUACGGUCUAGCAAAAUAGGCCCACUCUUUCGACCCGACAAUUUUAUUCAUGGCAAUUCAGGUGCUGGAAACAACUGGGCUAAGGGCCAUUACACGGAAGGUGCUGAACUGAUUGAAAAUGUCAUGGAUGUGGUCAGGAACGAGUGUGAGAGCUGUGACUGCCUUCAGGGAUUCCAGCUCAUCCAUUCGCUUGGUGGUGGCACAGGCUCAGGUAUGGGCACGCUCCUCAUCAACAAAAUCAGAGAAGAAUACCCUGACAGGAUUAUGAACACUUUCAGUGUUGUGCCUUCACCCAAAGUAUCCGACACAGUCGUAGAGCCAUAUAAUGCCAUCCUUUCCAUCCAUCAGCUAAUAGAGAAUACAGAUGAAACCUUUUGCAUUGACAAUGAAGCUCUGUACGAUAUAUGUUUUAGAACUUUAAAGCUCACCAAUCCCACCUAUGGUGACCUCAACCACUUAGUGUCCCUAACAAUGAGCGGUGUCACAACCUCACUCCGUUUUCCUGGUCAACUGAAUGCAGAUCUGAGAAAGCUGGCUGUUAACAUGGUGCCAUUUCCUCGCCUGCAUUUCUUUAUGCCAGGCUUUGCUCCACUGACAGCUCGAGGUAGCCAACAGUACAGAGCCCUCUCGGUGCCGGAGCUUACUCAACAAAUGUUUGAUGCACGCAACAUGAUGGCAGCAUGUGACCCUCGUCGUGGACGUUACUUGACUGUGGCAUGCAUCUUCAGGGGCCGAAUGUCUACCAGAGAGGUGGAUGAGCAGUUGCUGGCUGUCCAGACCAAGAACAGUUCUUACUUUGUGGAGUGGAUCCCUAAUAAUGUCAAAGUGGCUGUGUGUGACAUACCACCGCGAGGCUUGAAGAUGGCAGCUACCUUUAUUGGCAAUAACACAGCCAUUCAGGAGCUCUUCAUCAGGGUUUCUGAACAGUUCUCAGCUAUGUUCAGAAGAAAAGCUUUUCUCCAUUGGUAUACUGGUGAAGGUAUGGAUGAGAUGGAGUUUUCUGAAGCAGAAGGUAACACCAACGAUCUUGUGUCCGAGUACCAACAGUACCAGGAUGCCACUGCAGAUGUUGAAGAAUACGAAGAGGUAGAAGUGGAAGCCAGCCCAGAAAAGGAAGCACAGUAAAAACAAUGGCCAUAGCAGAAGAUUCCCCAAAUAAGCCUGUUGACACUCACUAAAGAAAAGGCAGUAUCCAUCAUCUGUGUAACAAAAAAGGCACAUUUCUUCAGAAUUUUUUCUCUGCAUCUGGUCAAAAUAUAUCCAAUAUUACAAUACAAUGCUUUUAAAAUUAAUGGCAGCUAUGCUUUCCUCUCCUAAACAACUGUUGACGCCAAAUCUCUCCCGAAAAAGCUACUAUGAAGACAAGUUGCCUUUCUUGUAAAUGUAUCCACUUUUACAGAUUUAGCACUAGAUACUGAAUGUAAUAUACAGCCUCUGUGUCUGGGUAUAUAUAUAUCAAGUUCAUAAGCAACAGCAAAAUAUGCUAUCAACUCAUCAAAUUUAUUUAUUCUCAGUUAAACACGGUCUGUGUUUUGUUUGUGAACUUGUUACUUUUUCAGGAACACGUGCAUGCCUGUAAGGCCGAUAAAGGCAGUACCUAUUUUAUUACAUACUCCACAGACUGAUGUAGAUCUGCAGCCACAUUCUGUUCCUUAAGUUGAAAGGGGAGGGGGAACAACAUGGGGCAAAAUGCACAUUCUUACUUUUUUUUAAAACUACUUUAAUAGUUCUAUCACCUUGCUGGCUUAUAUUACUGCAGAGCUUGUAUUCAUUAUCUCUGUGUGGUUUGUUUUUCUUGCAAACUAUAGCUUUACUUACAUUAGCAUACAAAGUUGUGAACACUGUCUAAAA